CAACUGUCAAUGUCAAUUCAAAUAAAUUGUCAAUCUCGGCAGAAACAGAAAACAAACAAACUUUAAUAUUUAGUUAAACAUUGAAAAUAGUAGUAAAUAAGUGAAUUUACUACAAAUUUGAAACCAUCCAACUUAUGUUUCUCUUCCCGGCCUUCCACCUUGAAAGGUACAUAGAUACCUUUCCAAUGUCCUGAUGUCCCAGAAUGAUAUGAUAGAAAUUGACCUCACUGAUGACAGUGCCCCUGCUAAUCCCACCAGCAAUGAGAAUAAAGUGGUCUUCACAGUGCCAACAAAUGAGAUGCUCCAAUAUAACGAGUUAUCAAGCUCAUGUGUAACUAAUAAAAAGGCAGUGAAAAGGAAAUCUGUAGCUAAUAAGCCAGAACGUAUAUUGACCUGGCUACCAGAAAAUAAACAUAAUAUACCUAAACGUAAAAAUAAACCUGUUGUAAUUUAUUCUAAAAAAGAAACACAGAUUGUGACACCAUGUUAUAAGGAAAUUAGCAAGAACGUUUUUGUGCCUACAAAAUCUAUACCAGACAAGCCUCCACCGAGGUUGUAUGUAAGACCAGAUCUGUUUCCGGCUACAAGAACACCUGUUCUUGUUGACGUCAGUCACCAACAAGCUGAUGAGCCAUCUACAUCUACAGCUAAACAACCCAUUGAACAAACUGUAGUUGAAGCAGUUGCUAAACCAACUAGAGUUGAAACAGCUGUAAAACCUAAAAUAGUUUUUAAUCGACCUCUUAAACCAACUACAGAGACAGUUGUUAAACCAACUAUAGAUGAGACAGUUGCUAAACCAACUAGUGUCAAACCAAAAAUAGUUUUUAAGACUCGUGAACCACCGGUUCCACUGCAAACGGAGUCUACAACUGAGGCAGGGAAGAAAGCUGCUCUUGCGAAAAAACAAAUAACUACCACUGAUAAUACAUCUGUCCAAGAGUCACUCAUUGACUUAACUGACAACGAGCCUGUAACAACUACAGCAGAACCUGUUGAAAAAACUGCUGUUGAAACAGUGAAUGCAACUAAAAUCGAAACAGUUGUUAAUCCAACUAUAGUUGAAACAGCAGCUAUUGUACCAGCCACAGCUCAAACAACUGUUGAACCAGAAGUCCCACUUCAAACAGAGUCUACUACUGAGGCUGAAAAUUAUCCAUCACCACAAAUUACUGUACUGACCGUAUCACCAGUUGUUAUUGACCUAACUGAUAACGAAACAGCAGUUGUGCCAACUACUGCUAAGCCACCUAUUGGACAAACUACAGUUGAGACAUCUGCUAAACGAGAGACUGCACCUAAAUUUAAUAAAAUGGAGAAAAGCAAUAGCAGUGGAACGCUCCCCGCCCCGCCCAUGAGCGCACUCCAGAUGCUCUUCAUGGACGACCUCGCCAGCCUGCACCAGCGCUACCUGAUGGCUCUGCAGGCGGAAAAGACCCCUGACCCAGAUGUACUGAAGUACUUCCGACAACUGCAGAAGGUGUACUUUGAGAGGAUGAAGCAGGGCCACAUAGUUAUUAAUUACGAUUGGGUUCUACCCAUACCGGUGGAGGAGUAUGAAACAAUUGAUCUGGACAUCAUGAGACUGUAUGUCGUUAAAAUGAGCAAGCAAUAUCAGGCCCACAAGGAUCAAGCUGACAAGCAGAUUCUUAAAUUACUUCAGAGUACAUACAGCCGACGACUGAGAGAAAGUAAAGAGACCAAUUCUUCUCUUCAGUUUACUAGCAAUAGUAAAAAAUCCUAUAAGCUUGUGCUCGACAAUCAACCAACUCCAAAAGCCACUAAGGGUAAGGUCGCCGAAAAAAAACCAACUAAAAAAGCCAACAAGCCCACCGUUAAUCAAAAUCAACCAAGCCAAAAAUCAAUGGACAAAAUAAAGGAGCAACAAAUAGAAUCAGUCCAUGAGAACCAACAAAUGUUCGAGAAAUUUCUAGCCAACAUCCAGGCCAGCUCUUCUAAACCUACGGGAAAGAAUCAACAAGGAGCAAAGGGCAAGCAACAAUCGGCCAAUAAGGGUCAAGGGAAUCAGCAGCCGGCGACCAAUAAGAAGGUGGCAGCAACGCCAUCGACCAAUCAGCAGCCAGCUAAGCCAGUUUCGAUACCAGUGUCAGGUCAGGCCGUUGAAAAAACUACAAAAGGCAAUCAACAAUCGACCAAUCAGGGUCAAGGGACUCAAGGGAAUCAGCAGGGCACCAAUACAAAUAUUGCAGGAGCAUCGUCUACGAAUCAGCAGCCAGCUAAGCCAGGUUGGAAACCAGUGCUAAGUCAGCCUGUUGCAAAAAAAUCGAAUCCUAAUACGCCUUCCGGGUCGAGGCCCAACGUGAUAGAAAUUUCGACCAAUCAGAGCACAUCUACGCCUCCACGAGCCAAUCAGAACACACCAACCCCUCCGCGGACCAAUCAGAGCAUGCCGAACCCUUCGCGGUGCAAUCACAGCGCGCCGAGCACGUCGCGAACCAAUCAGCAGCCUACUAUGCCUCUCAGUGCAUCUAUGCGUGCCCCAGCUGGAAUACCAAGGAGCUUUUUGAGAGAUCGAGAAAUAUACAAUAAUCCAGGGCGCCCAGAGCCAACCCCACCCGAAGCACCAAUAUGGAAGAAGACAUUAAACCCAGGCCAGUACACCCCGGUGUGGCCAACCAACCAACACCUUCACCAACCUGGCAUGGAGCCAAUCUUCCUAGACACGGACCAAGCGGCCAAUGUUGGCCAAACACAGACGUAUUCACCGUCAGAUGCGUAUGCUGGGGAACAGAUGGCGACUGACAGUUAUACACAAGGUUCACACCAGCUCCCUAUCUCCCACUGCAGGAGACAAGCGCGGCUCGGGCCCGUCGCACUGGCCAAGAAGCCCAAGCUCACUCGCACAAAUUUUAUAGACAAACCAUCCUAUUCUACAGAUCCCGGGUCGAUAUCUCCCACUGCAGGAGACAAGCGCGCGAGCGCCUACUCGCGGCUCGGGCCCGUCGCGCCGCCCAAGAAGCCGAAGUUGACUAUUAAUCUGCUGUUCUCUAAGGAACAGGAGAGCCGGAGAGAGGUGGUCGAGCCCCCCUCCCGCCCCCCUCACGUCCCAGUACCAGAGCGUCCCGAAGUGCUCGCCAGUACAGAUGAGACGGUGAUCCGCUACCUGGCGCACUGGCCCUGGCGGCGCAGGCUGGCGCCGCGACGCGAGGCCACGCACAGGGAGUCUAAGUCAGUGAUGAUUAUGGAGAUGGAGCAAAUGAUGGAAGGAUACGAAUCGGACACACACUUCAUCAAAGUUUCUAUAAAGCGGUACCCGCCACACUUUACCAAGGAAGAUGUUUUGGACUUGCUACUGGAUCAUGUAAAGGACAGAAGUUUCAUACCGUGCUUUAUUGAGUUCACCCCAGAAGAAUGCUACUUCCUAGUGCUAAGAAACCGGGCGGCCCUAGUCAACCUGCACUCUAUAGGGCUUCAAAUAAUCAAGGAUGACCUUAAAAUGCCCAUCACACUGAGCAUAGUGGACCUCAGUGUGAACCAUGUGGAAUUCAUACCACGGAUUAUAUUGAGGAAGAGAUUGUCUCACAAAUAUGAUGCUGAUGCGGGGAAGUUGAAUUUGGAGGCGUUUUGUAUGGAACCUGACGUGGGCCACUUCAUCUACUACCCGCUGAACCGCACGACGAACCAGCUCGCCCUGGUGCAGAUAGCCACGGUCGUGGAGUGGGCGCACCUCACUGAGCUGAACCUUUCACGAAAUCGUCUUACCUGCCUAGACGGCUUCGAGCUGCCAACAACGACGCCUAAACUCAAACACCUGGACCUGUCUCACAAUCACUUCACGAAGAUCUCAAGCCUCCUCCCGAGCCGCGGCCUCAACCUCAAGUCUUUGUAUCUAGAAGGAAACCCGCUGUGUAGGGACUACAUCGACGAACAGAGAUACGUGAAGGUUGUCAGGAUGGUGUUCCCUACUGUGGAUGAGAUUGACGGCGUCCAAAUCCCACGCCCCGGCUCCCUCCCGCCUCCACGAGCAAACUACUGUCCUUCAGAUGCCACUCCGCUAGUGCGGCGCUACCUGGCGGUGUGCCUGUCAGUGCCAGCUGCCAGGGAGUGGUAUCACCCGCGUGCCACGCUCAGCGUCACCGCCUGUAAUAGACUACGCCACCACCCCGACUACCGCUCAUUCCGCGAGCUCUGCCAGCCGGCCAACAACGUGCGGGGAGCCGCGCCCGUCUCCGCGCGCCUCGCCCGCUGGCCCGCGCGCCGCGCCGACCCCGCCUCGCUGUUGGUGGACGUCAUGAUGCACACUGACGAGACAACGAUCCUCCGCCUAUCAGGCAUCAUCAAGAUAAUCGCAGAGACGUUAGCCGAAGACGAGCCACUACUAUACUUCACUCGCACGGUGGUUCUAUGCGGUGAUGGAGUGACCUACAGUAUCAUGCAUGAGAUGAUUCACUGGGAGGAGCCCACGGUCGAGGCAGCGGAUAAAGCCUUCAAUAUUACCAUGGUUUCGCGAUCAAAGCCGCUCAGUCUCAAAUUGGAUUCGCCACCUGAUGAAGACCUCAAGGGGAAGCUUAUUGCAAUUUUCAUGAAAAUUACCGAGCUGGAUAAAGAGAAGAGUGAAAAAUGCUUAGAAUUAAGGGAUUGGGACUUGAAAGCGGCCUUGGAAUACUUUGUGAAGUUACUAAAAUUGAACAGUUUGAGCAGUCUGGAGAUGGAGACUUUAGAAGUUUAGAUAAGGUGUUGCACAGAUGAUAGAGGAUAACUUACUUAUUUAGUUCCAACUAUAUUUAAGUUUAUAAGGGAUAAUUUUAUUUUACUUAACAUAUACCUAAGUUUAUUCAAACAAUAAAUUUUCAAAACCUAUGCAUGAACGAGCAGUAA